AUGUCUUCGUAUAAUAGAUUAAAAAAACAUCGCCAAUUGAAACGGUCAGCUGUUGAAGAAUUAUGUAUGAUAUCAAGUAAUAAAUCAAGUGUUGUUGAACAAAUUAUAAUUGAAAAUUCAGAUUCUUCCUCAGAUAUAUAUUUGGAAUACAAUAACGUUCGUAAUUUGACAAAUUUCUCUGCUGGGUAUACUAGCCGAUCUCCAGAUUUUGUCACCUCAAAUCAUAAUGAAUCUCCUAUGUCAUACCCAGCAUCUCUGGAAUCUUCGAAUUCGGAUGGAAGCUGUAGUGGAGGAAGUGUCAAUCAAGAUGAAAAUGAUACAGUAACUACUUUCCGUGACAAACUUCAAAGCUGGGCUGUUAGGUUCAGAAGAAACCUGACAAUUGAAACAAUAGAUGGCUUAUUAGACUUGUUAGGGUCUGAAAAUAUCUAUGAUUUGCCAAAAUCAGCAGCUGCUUUAUUGAAAACUAAAUCGAAUAAAAAAUAUAAAAACUAUAAUGAGCUCAAAGAACACUAA